AGCACCCUAUACUCGUUACACUAACACUGUAGCUUUACCCUAGUUGGCAAUAGACGGCAUUUAUACAUUCCAUUUGUAUACUCCCUAUAACACAGUAACGGUACUGUUACAUAUUCAACAACGUACGAAAAAAAACAUGAACUGGGAACUAAGAUUGAUCGUUGCUCUCGCUUUCUUGAUCGUGGCUCUUGCUGCACAAGGAGAGAAGGAGCCAAUUGACUUCGUUUCAUCCAUCCGUGAAAUGAACGCUGAUGGAAGCUACUCAUUUGAUUUCGAGAGUGAGGAUGGCACCAAAGUCUCAGAGAGCGGCAGCCAGAAUCAAGUCGGACCUCAACCCGAGGAUAUCAGCACCGUUUCCCGCGGAUCUUACUCUUUCACCACUCCCGAUGGCGUCGUCUUGACCGUCAACUGGGUCGCCGAUGAAAACGGUUUCCAGGCCACCGGUGACCAUCUCCCCACUCCUCCUCCCAUGCCCGAGCACAGGCUUCUCCGCCUUCUGACUUCUAGUGCGAAUAACGCUGGUCUCUUGGCUGCUCCCAAGGGAUCUUACUCGUACACCUCUCCCGAUGGCGUUGUCAUCACUGUCAACUGGGUCGCCGAUGAGAACGGAUUCCAGGCCACCGGUGACCAUUUGCCCACACCUCCCCCCAUGCCCGAGCACGUCGUCAGGAUGCUCGCCGACUUAAAGGCUGCCCGUCUCCUGUGAACUUGUUCUUAUACAUAACCCGCAACUAUUGGCAAAAAUCAUAAAUAAAAUACACAGAAAUUUACCUGCGGGUAAAAAGAA